CAUGCGCGAUGCCCUAUCUUUCAACGCUACCUUCAACCUAGCGCAGACGUUUUCCUUCCGCUGACGUCCUCCAUCCCAGAGCCAGCAAACCCGCACUCAAACAUGAGCUUCACGGUGGAAGAGAGGGGAAACCCCAAUUCCCUGAGUUACCGCGUAUUCUUCAAGAAUGCUGAUGGAAAGUAUGUUUCACCGUUCCAUGACAUCCCAAUGUACGCUGAUGAGAGUCAGAACAUCUUCCACGUGGUUGUCGAAGUACCAAGGUGGACAAAUGCAAAAAUGGAGAUCGCUACAAAAGAGCUGUUGAACCCAGUAAAGCAAGAUGUGAAGAAGGGCAAUUUGCGAUAUGUUGCCAAUGUUUUCCCACAUAAGGGCUACAUAUGGAACUAUGGAGCCAUUCCUCAGACAUGGGAAGAUCCCGCCCACAAAGAUGGAGACACAGGCUGCUGCGGUGACAACGACCCCAUUGAUGUCUGCGAGAUUGGCAGUAAGGUGUGUUCCCGCGGGGAGGUAAUCAAAGUAAAGGUGCUCGGCAUCCUGGCCAUGAUUGAUGAGGGCGAGACUGAUUGGAAAGUGAUUGCAAUCAACGUAGAGGACCCUGAAGCCAACGACUUGAACAAUAUCAGUGAUGUGCAGCGCUUGAAACCUGGUUACCUGGAGUCCACGGUCGACUGGUUCAGGAGGUACAAAGUGCCAGAUGGGAAGCCAGAGAACCGGUUUGCUUUCAACGACGAGUUCAAAGACAAGGACUUUGCCAUUGAAGUAAUCAAGAGCACUCACAACUUCUGGAAAGCCCUCAUUUCCCAGAAGACCAAUGCUGGUGAACUGAACUGCAAAAACACGUGUGUCUCAGACAGUGACAGCUCUUACUGCUGUUCAGUGGAUGAGGCUAAAGCUGUUCUUGGUGGAACAAGUCCUUGUGGAAAAGAAGAACCCAUCCCCUCAUCAGUAGAUAAAUGGUUCUACUAUGAGAGGAAGUAAACCAGCAGCGGAUUGGAGCGGAAUGAAUGGCUCAUCUCAUAGUUGAAGAUGGCCUUACCAAUGGGAACCAAUGGGAUGACUGGAUGAGAUCUGGACGGUUGAGUCUGAGCUGGCUGGUUCCCUGUAAAUGGAGAGAUACUGGUUAGAUAUUGUGGGAAAAGUAAAAAAAAGUACUUGUGUCUUGACCAAUUAUUUGUUGUCUUAUUUAACAAAGAUCUCUUUGGAUAUGGGCUGUCAUAAACAAAUUACUAUUCUUGUGGACAAGACUGAACUGCUUGAAUAAAUAAAGCUUCUCUGGUUAAAUUAUCA